GUUUCUACGGUAACCGCUAACCGUUGGCGUAACAGCGGAAGUUUGUAUUGUUGACAGGAUUGUUUUGUUUGCUUGUUUUUUACGGAGUGAAAAUAACUUUACGUUUGGUAUUUAGCUUAAAAUCAAGAAGAUAUGUUUUAAGAAACAAAUAAAUAAUUUUCGUACUUUUAUUUUUUUUUCGGAGAGACGUAACUAUCAAAGAACGGAAACUGUGUUUGAAGUUAUAUUGAUAAAAGUAGGUGAAAGUAACUAAAGAAACAGAUUUAUUAUUUAUUUGUUUUAUUGUGACAAUAACGUGGACUACAUCACGAUGGGACUUGACAGUUUUUGGAAGGUAUGCUACAGAAUGUAAUUGCUGAAGUUGCUGGAAAUAUAGAAGGGGCUAUAAAGCAUAGCAGAAAAUUGAGUGGAAGGAAACAUGCAGCAGAAAUGACUAAAGGCUUAAGGGUUGUGAUCCAAAUCCCUUUGAAGAGUUUGAGGGAGCGUCAUGAAUUGUGGGAAACUGCUGGUGUCGAUAAUUUAAGAGGCAUCACAUACAGUCAUCUACACAAAUACUGCAUUUCUUCUUUUUCUCCUGAAGCAGAGACAUCUUCAAAGCCAUUUUAGAGAAAAUAAGCAGGACUAUCUGUCAGGUAUCAAAAGUCCUCCUUUAAGAUAAAAGUUUGGCUUUUAUUCGGAAAUCAAGACCCAAGAAUCGGUAGGUGGAGUGGAGAGGCACAGAACUCCACUGACAACGCCUGGAAGAAUUUCCUCAAGACAACUGUGUCCACUCUCCAGGACAUAAGCAUCUCCUCAACCGACAGUCAAGCCAUGCAUGUGGAGAGGAAAUGGCACAUACUGUUGACCAUCUUCUUUCUGCUCAUCUCCUCGGGUCAGUGCAUGGACAGCAAAGAGGUCAAGCAGAAUGAGAGAAGGACCCUGUUGGAUCUAAUUUUGCAGGUUAUCAAGGACAGCCAACAACGGGACAAGCCCGUGUCUAGGCGCUGUGGCAGUGGACUCCACACCUCAGCACAAGACUUCAAGUCCUCUUCCCGGGAAAAGCCUUUGUAUGUCCCUAGGCUGGAUAACAAUAGACUCAUAGAUAUUGUCCCUAGAGAUGCACACCUGAAGGACAAAUUCAUUCAGCAUUUUGGAGCAGGACAUGUCAAGUUCUCGUCGGAGUGCAAAACACACUUUCACAGACUAUACCACACCACAAGGGAUUGCUCAAGACCAGCAUAUUACAAAAGGUGUGCAAGAUUGCUAACACGAUUAGCAAUGAGUCCGCUCUGCAUGCAGUCAUAGGUUUUGUAUGUCGCCAUAUAACGGAAGAGGGAUCAAUGUGUUGCCAAGGAAGUGCCUUCAAACCCACAGCAGACAUGAGGACGUUCUUUCUCUGUGCGUUUACAGUGUCUACAUUUUUGCUGUUGAUGUUAUAACUCAAAAUGAUGAAUGGACAUUGUUGGUUGUUUGUGAGUGGAAUGGACCGUGUAUUUGAGAGCAGAAAAUUUAAUAUCAAAUGCAUCUAUUUAUUGAAAGGACAUAUAAAUAUAUCUAAUGAUUUAACAGUCACUGAAAAGCCAAUCAUUUUGGUUAUAAAAGUCAUAAGUGAUGGAAAGAAAAUGUAUUUGCUUUAUUUUCUAUAUAAAUUCCACUUUUGCUAAUUUGCUGACGUUAUACUCCAUCUUUGUCUUCAUCACAUUUUAUUUGGCACUUGAGUGAUUGUUGACAAUAAGACCACAUAAAAUAACGACAAUGGUGACAACUCACUGCAUUACUAAAUAAAAAAUA